UCCUUAUUGAUGCCGAGAAUGUGCUGGAUGAAUUUCAGUAUCGAGUAUUGCAGAAGGAUGUAAUGAAGAUAAACGGGAGCUCUCGCAAAAAGCUCUUAAAGGCGAAUUCGAUCUUGCUUUACGACCUGAAGAUGAGAAGACAACAAUGAACAGGAGGGACAUGACCCACUCCUUCGUUAAUCCUUCUAAUGUCUUCGGUAGGGGUGAUGACAAAGAAAAGAUCAUGGAUCUUUUGAUGCAGCUAGAUGCUAGCAGAAAUGUCAGUGUAAUUCCUAUUGUUGGGAUUGGAGGUUUGGGGAAAACCACACUUGCCAAGUUGUCUUUUGAUGAUAAACGGGUAGUUAGUCAUUUUCAAUUGAGAAUGUGGGUGUGUGUUUCUGAGGAUUUUAAUGUUAGAAGGUUGAUAAAAGAUAUCCUUAAAUCUGCAAUUUAUAGGAUUGAUGAGAAUUUUGAUGUGGAUGGAUUGCCAAACAGCUUAAAAGAACUUUUGAAAGAUAAGAAAAUUUUAGAUUAUUUAAAUGUGGAUGAAUUGCAAUGUCGACUAAGAGAACUUUUAAAAGACAAGAAAUUUUUACUUGUCUUGGAUGAUGUUUGGAACGAGAAUCCUAGUAAAUGGAAUCAAUUGGAAGAGUUGUUAAUUGGUGGUUCCAAUGAAAGUAAAAUCUUAGUGACAACACGAAAUAGUUCUGUUGCUACUAUUAUGGACACUACUACCACAUACAAUCUAAAAGGUCUACCCGAAGAGGACUGUAUGUCUUUGUUGGUGAAAUUGGCAUUUAAGGUAGGACAAGAAAAUCAAUAUCCAAACCUCUUAAAUAUUGGAAGAGAAAUUGUCAAAAAAUGUAAAGGGGUUCCAUUGGCCGUGAGUACUUUAGCUGGCCUACUUUAUUCAAAAGUUGAUGAACAUGAGUGGAAAUCUAUUAGAGAUAAUGAGAUAUGGAAUUUAGAACAAAAGGAAGGUGACAUCUUACCCGCAUUGAAGCUUAGUUACAAUCAAUUGCCAUUUCACUUGAAGCAAUGUUUUGCAUAUUGUUCUGUUUUUCCUAAGGAUUAUAACUUCAAUAAUCUUCUAUUGAUUCAAUUUUGGAUGGCACAUGGAAUUCUUCAAUCCCCUGCUAAUGAAAGUCAAGAGUUGGAAGAUGUUGGUGACUUGUAUAUCCGGGAGUUGCUGUCAAGAUCUUUUUUUCAAGAUUUUCAGCAAAAUAUUACCCUUGAUUAUACCUUUAAAAUGCAUGAUCUGGUCCAUGAUCUUGCACUCUCAAUUGCCAAAGGUGAGUGUUCGGUAGUGACCAAGAAGUCUACCCUUGUUGCAGAAGUUUGUCAUCUGUCACUUUUGGAGAAUGGGCAAGAAGUUACAACACAAUUAGAGAAGUUGAGCAAAGUCCAGACUAUUAUUUUCAUAACAGAGCAACCUGCAUCCUUACUUGAAGCAUGUAUCGCAAGAUUUAAGUACUUGCGGUUGCUGGAUCUGAGCAAAUCAUCCUUUGAGGUGUUGCCAAGUUCCAUCGGAAGUUUGAAACAUUUGAGAUAUCUUGACCUAUCAGAUAAUCACAUAAUCAAGCAACUUCCAAGUUCCAUUUGCAAGCUGCACAGUUUGCAAACUUUAGUGCUUGGUGAUUGCAGCAAUCUUGAACGGUUGCCCAAAGGUAUAAGGGACAUAAUCAGCCUCAGGUUUUUGGUUGUUACAACAAAGCAUACUUGCUUGUCGGAUAAGGCAGUAGGUUGCUUGGAUUCUCUUCGAUUUUUGGGGAUAGGUGAUUGUAAGAAUCUAAAAUGUGUGUUUGAAGGGAUGGAGGAGGGGCGCCUCACCAAUCUUCGGACAUUGAUUGUUGGAGGAUGUCCAAGUUUAACCACUUUGUCACUCAGUAUCAAACACCUAAGUGCCCUAGAGAACCUGAUAAUUGAGGAUUGUGAAGAGCUUAGUUUGACGGAUAAAGAAGAGAAUCAAGAUCUCAAGUUAAGCCUCCGAUUGUUGAAGUUUGAUAAUUUACCUAAGUUGGAGGUUUUGCCCCAGUGGCUCCAAGCAUCUGCCAACACUUUACAGCACCUAGAGAUUGCAGAUUGUUGUAAUUUCACCGCUUUGCCUGAGUGGCUGCCACAUCUGAACUCACUUCAGACACUUAGAAUUAAAUAUUGCCCUGUGUUCUCAUCUCUUCCAGCGGGGAUGCAAGAUCUCACUGCACUAAGAGAAUUUCAGAUUGAAGAUUGUCCUAAGUUGAGUAGCAAGUGCAGAGAAGAAGUUAGGCACAGGAUUGCUCAUGUACCAAACAUCGAUUUCGAUGAGGAUUUCGAUGAGGAUAUUGGAAGUUCAUCAAAGAGAGAUGACGACAUCAGCGUAUAUUUACAAGGAGAAGAUGAUGAGGAGUUCAACACAAGUCACAAUCAAUAGAGUCUAAAUGUUGCUCAAUUCAAAGUCACAUGUUCCUUCAUAAUUCAUAAGCAUUUCUUCGUUGCAAUUUGUAUUACAAUAUGUAAAUAAAUAAAUAUUUCCGUUAUUUAAUUUGCUAGUAAGUGAUGUAAAUAAAUAAAUGUUUAUAUUAUUGUAAUUUGUGGUAAA